AUGAGAAAUCCAAAACACUUCUAUAAGGUCUUGCUCCCAUGCUUUCUGUUGUGUACCAUUACCUACGCAUCAAUGGAAGUUUUUGGGUACCUAAUGUUUGGUUCACAGGUAGAGUCACAAGUAACAUUAAACCUUCCAACCGAGAAAAUAGUUCAAGAGGCAAUUUACACCAGCCUGGUGAAUCCCAUUUCAAAAUAUGCAUUGAUGGUUAUGCCAAUUGUCCAUGCUGCUGAAAAUCGAUUGAGAUCUUGUUGCAAUAGAAGAUGGUUGAGCUUUGUGAUCAGCAUCACCAUGGUGGUCAGCAGCGUCGUUGUAGCGUUGGCCAUCCCCUUUUUUGGGCUUCUCAUGUCACUUGUUGGAGCACUUUUGAGUGUCAGGUUCGAUUUUGCUUCCGUGUAUGUGCUAUUUGAAGAUUUUUGGUACAUAUCAGUAAUUUCGAUUUGA